GCUCGCUAAGGGAACUUUCCGACUUCCUCCGUAGUCAGUCAGACGUGGCGCCGCGGAGCUCACAACUUCACUCAGGUAGCCCCGGCGUUCACAGCGCUCUCUCAGGACCUGUGUUGAACCAUGUGGAGGAAGGCUGCGCUGGUGGCUCUGAUGGCCAUAACUUUGGGGUACUUUUAUCGCACAAACCCAGAGCUACCAGAGCGAAUGCUGCAGUUUGUCACCCAGUCCCUUCCCCAAUAUGAACCCAUUGCUCCAAGUCUGGAAGAAACCAUCGCCAGGGCCUGGGAUGUCCUCAUCACUGCCCCGACGAAGCAGUGGGGUCGAGUAGCAGUUGGGGUGAAUGCCUGUAUUGAUGUGGUGGUGUCGGGGGUAGGGUUGCUCCAAGCUUUAGCUGUCGAUCCGGGAUCAGGCAGAGACCAUGAUGUUCUACACUCCAAAGAGGACCUAAAAGAGACCUUCAUUCACUUCAUGGAGAAAGGGGCAGCUGCAGAGCGAUUCUUCGCCAAUAGUGAAGUCUUUCAAAGCAUUGCUCGAGCUGCUGCUGAAUACCCUGGUGCCCAGCUAUAUGUGGGAGGAAAUGCUGCUCUGAUUGGUCAGAAAUUUGCCUCCUACCCUGAACUGGUGGUGCUCCUGUGUGGGCCUGUGGGGCCUAAACUGCACGAAUUGUUAGACGAGCAGAUAGUAGUACCUCCAGAAUCUCUGCAAGAGACUGACGAAUAUCACCUUAUUCUGGAAUACAAGGCAGGGGAGCAGUGGGGAUCGACUCGAGCUCCACAGGCCAACCGCUUCAUCUUCUCUCAUGAUGUAUCCAAUGGGGAGAUGAGUGCUUUGGAGACUUUUGUGGCAAGUCUUGAGGAAUUCCAGCCUGGACUGGUGGUGCUUUCUGGACUGCACAUGAUGGAGGGCAUGGGCCGAGAGCUGUGGGAGGACCGACUCAAAGAGGCUGUUGUUGCCAUCUCAGAUGUCCGCAAUGAGGUGCCCAUACAUCUGGAGUUGGCCAGCAUGACUGACAAAGACUAUAUGAGCAGCAUCAUGAAGGAGCAGGUCAUGCCCAUCGUCAACUCCAUCGGGCUCAAUGAGCAGGAGCUGCUGUUUCUCUCCCAAGCCGGAGAUGGUCCUCACUCUGACCUCCCCGCCUGGGACGGGAUCCCCGACGUGGGCCGAGUUAGUGACAUUCUCCUGUGGAUCCUGGAGCAGCACGGGAGGGCUGACCCGGAGUCUGAGGCCGAUCUGACACGGAUCCACUUCCACACGCUGGCCUACCACAUCCUGGCUACAGUUGACGGGCACUGGGCGAACCAGGGGGCAGCGGUAGCGGCUGGGGCACGUGUGGCCAGCAGUCAGGCGUGUGGUCUACAGGCUGUGGAUGUAAGUAAAGUGGUGCUGAAGAUGCCACAGAGGUUCUACAGCUCGUUUUCAGAGCCUAGAGAGAGCUUGGUGUUGGAAGCAUCCAGUCCAGUUACUGUGUGGAGCAGGAGGAACGUGUCCUUCCAUCUCAGUCCAGUACUAGUAUGCAAACGACCACUACGGACAGUCGGGCUGGGGGACGCCAUCUCUGCAGAGGGACUGAUGUACUCUGAGUUGGCGUCCCAGCCACAGUCUGAGCAUUAAGCCUUGUAAGUUAAUAAGUAUUGACUUAAUCACUCCCUGAGGUCUAGAUCCAUUUUUUUGAAAGGCUAACCUGUUCUUGAUCCUCUUUACAACUUCUAGUUGCUAAGCAUCUUACCGGCUGGAUAUCUCCUCCAUUCAUUCAGCCCUCAUAGCAAGCAGUGCUUGCUGACAAGAAGAAUGGAGGAUGAAGGAAAAAGAGGGUGUUUUUUCUCUUCUGUCUUUCUUUCUUUUUUUUUUUUAACAGUGCAGGAAAGGAGACCUCUGUAUUUUUGUUUGAUUGUACCGUACCUUCCUGUCAGCGCACUCCGUGAAAUUGUGUUUUUACCUCUCCUGACUACUACCGUGAAGAGAUGUGAAAUCUCACCUGCCUUCAAACAUGAUGCAGAAACUCUUGAGCUGCUAUGAAAUCAAGUGGAUAGAUUUGUUUAGAGUCCUAUACAUCUCCAGUGUACCUUAGAUACCUUAACCAAAGCUAGGUUACUUAUAGCCAUACUCGUUUCCUGCUUUAACCGCAACUCCACCCCAAAUAUAUAAAUGUCCUUCUAUACGAUGUUGUGGACUUGUACAACUCCCAGCAGUCCCAGUCCAAGUUUUCUGAUUUCUCUAGCAAUAUAUACAGUAUAUUAUUAUAUCUUGUGUACAGUGACAUAAGAGUGAUUCAGAACAAAUCACAAAGCCUUAUGACUAAGCCUUGUUUGUUUUUUAAUAGGGAUGCAGUGAAAUUAACAUUUUUGUUUGAAGCCGAAACUGAACAAAAUUAAAUAUUUGGCUGAUAGCUGUUUUUAGCAGUUUUUCAUUAUUUGUGCCACUUUUUUCACCUUUGCAUAAAUUAAAUAGCCUAAAUUUAUUUUGUCUAAAAAGCAAUCCCAAACCAACAAUUUAAAAAAUGAUGUUUAAUGAACCCUGACCAGUUUUAAUAUUCCAGAUUUAUAAUUGGGGUUCAUAAAAAAGAACCAUAAUUGUUCGGUAUAAAUUAUUCUUUAUUCUAAUUAGUCUUUGGCCGAAGAGCAUUUUUCGCCAAUUUUUUUUGGCCAAAUAAUGUAGGUUUGCUGAAUAUUCAGUGCAUCCCUGUUUUUUAUGAAUUAAAUGAACAUCUCGCUACAGUAAAAACUGGAUAGUCUAAAUUUGCCAUGUUCUUUCUUACCUAGGUCAGCUUUUUGUGGUUACUGAUAUUAUGAUGUAACAAAACUACACAACUGACUUGUCUUAAAUGUAUGGUAUUACUUGUGCAAAUGGGGGGACAGGUUUUUGUAAUGUUAUAUGCUUUGUAGUGUGUAAGGACUUGCACCGGCACACUCUGUAAAUAUCUGCUGAGGAAUCUCAUGCACUCUUCAUCCUUAGCAUUCAUUUAUUCAUUCAUAGUGUUCAUAAAAGUUACUGCACUCCUUUUAGGAGGACUAUCUUUUUAUAUCUAGCAUAAGGGGAGGUAAGAGUGUAGUCAGACUUUCUACACUCUUUAAAAUAAAGGUGCUUUAAAUGGUUCUUUGAGUGAUGCCAUAACCCAUGGAAAGGCUAAGCAAAAUGCACCAGACUCUCUUGGUCACAAAUCUUUUGCAAUCAUAGUUUCUUGAAGGAACCAAAAGUGGUUGUUUUUUGGUCAUUUAAAGAACAAUUUGAGUGAACUUUUUCAGAUAUGUACUGUAAGGAGGGAAAGGAUGGUAAGGACUUUGACUGUUCCUAUUAUUAUAGGUCAGAUGGAUUUGUACAUGAAUAGGACUGACAUGUUUCAGCAGUAGUGUAGAUGGUUCCAGCUGUAAAGUUGUGCAUACCGUACAUAGAAAUCCCUUGCCAUUUAAUAGCUGCUGUUCCUUUUUCUUGUUGUAUAAUGAGAGUUAAAAGUUCUGGUGUGACAUGUACGCCCCUUCCUAGGAAAGAAAUGGAUUUCUCCUCUAUGCUGUACUGCAGUUCUAUAAGCCUUCUCCUAUACUAAAUGUAAAUUGGUUUAUUUAUUCCUGUUAGCGCUUUAUCAGGGAUCAAAAAGCUGGCUGAGUGAGCGGUAGUGUUGGUCACAGGUUUGAAUGGAUAGAUGGAUGCCUUAAGCAUUGAGUACAUGUAAAUGUUUUUUUUUAACUGCUUCUCUUUCUUGAAAAAGGUGCAUCUUAGGUUUACAUGUUAACUUUAUUUGAUGCUUCUUCUUUAUUCUGAGUUGUACUGUAUUCUUUUAUGACACUCCGUCUCAAAAGAGAAUAACUUUUUAUUGGAGUUGGCUCUGUUGUGAUCAAGACUAGUCUCUUAAGUGUUUUUUUUUUGUUUUUGUUUUUGUUUUUUCUUGGAUGGAUUAAUCUUAAAGUUGGACCAAACUGCAGUAGUGUCUGGUGACGGACCCUAGGAAAUACUUUUUGCUGGUCUAAUGUAAAUUUGUUAAUGCAGAUUUGUUAGGAUUACAAUCAUGGACUGAAGGGGCCUGGAGCUAAUCCUAGAUAAACCUUCUCUGCUCUGAGAUGCUUGCUGCGUAUUUUAAGACAUGAUUUGAUACACCUGCCAUGUUCUUCUUUUUUUAACAUCACUUCAUUUUAAGACAUUAUAGAUAUUAUGUGGGGUAAAGUUAGUUUGCACAAAUGUGACAUUAUGCAAAAGUCUUAAAGUAAACGGCCAUUUAAGAGGCCCUGGUGUUCUAAGAUUAAAAAAACUGUCUAGCUAAUGGUAACUGGUCAGAAUAUUUUUUUAUCAAUAAAAUAUCUGUUAAACCCAU